ACUAAUAACACAUACACAUCUUCAUUUUAUUAAUUACAUUAACAUACAUACAUCAUACUUAGAAUUUUAAGCAACCAUCGAUCUGAUCAUAGAUUUCUUCAUUCAUCUGUGAAAGUAUGGGAAACUGUUGCAAGGCGGCAUCACCAAUGGCGUGGGACGGGGAGGACUGGAGCGAUUUGACGUCGUCCAAGAAGACGACCUCAAGUCAUGGUCAUGGGUUGAGUUUAGGGAAAGUGCAGAAGGAGAAGCUUAUGGGAGCGCUAAGAGCUUCUCCUGAUGCCAAUGGGAAGGUGAAGAUAAAGAUUUCAAAGAAAGAGUUGGCAGAAUUGUUAGAGAAGCAACAACAGAAACAGGUUAAUAAGAAGCAAGUAGGGCGAGCUUCUGCGGAACAAGUUUUGCUUUGCUUAAUAAAAGCCAGAGAUGAUGAUGCUCGUCACAGAUUAUGGAGGCCCGAGCUAGAGAGUAUUCCUGAGCUAGGUUAUAGUUGAUUGAUGAUGAUGAGAUCCACUAAUAUUGGUGCUCAAUGAUUGCAUAUUAGUGUAUAAAGAAAUUGAGCUGGUUUGUUGCAUUAGUAUUUGUAUAGAACAUCUGAGAAAUCCACUAAUUUUCUUUCAA